AUGCUCCCAUCGCAAGAAGACUGCGAUGAUUGCACACCAUCCUACCUACAAUCACAUGUCUUCGGCACCAAAGCAGCAUUCUCGACACUGCCUUUCGUAGCAACAUUCGUCCUUGCGACAGUAAUCGCAUAUCGCAAGAGUGACCAGACCUUGGCGAAGGCCACGAAUGGCAGGCUACCACAGCCAGCAAUUGCUCAAAAUGAGCCAGCAACACAAAAUCUGGCUCGUCGCAUAGCAGCUCUCACUUUCUCCUCUACCAUUGCACUAUCCACUGUCCUUACGGAACUUCUCCUAUGCGAGAUAUCGAACUCGUUCAAUCCGACUGCUCGAAGUGUUGCGCUACAGAUCACAGUUGUCAGCCUGCUCUGCCUCCUCGUGAUUGCUAUACCUCUACUGGGAAUUUACAGUGUCGUUGCAAAAUCAGGCUACAAGUUUCUCGACUCGCAAAGCAAAGGCCGAAGAAGGCUGGCAUGGAUUUUCGAGUUUCUUGGAUAUGCAGCCUUUCUCUUUCUGUUCUGGACAAUCGGAGCAUGGCUUCCUGAAAGUAAGAGCAUACAGGACACACUGCAGAAGAAGCAGAAUGUCUUCCAAGCAUGUUUGGACAGACUUGGUAUUACAGGAGUAGCCCUGAUGGCAUUACUCUCUGGCUUCGCAAGCAUAAGUGCUAUCUGGCACAAUUUCGGACCCAAACCCAGACUGGUCUCGGAAUCAGACAUUGCAAGAAAACAGACCGGCCUCGACGCGACCUUAGACAUGGCCAGAGAGAAGAAAGCUCGUCUACGAGUGCUGGAGCGUCAUAUGGCUGAUGCUCCAGCCUCAAAAGGUUGGUUUGCAGGCGUGGUCGGCACAUUCCGCGGCACACCAGACACUCAAGAAAAGCAAACAUUAGAACUCGAAAUCAAAGGUCUAGAAACCAUGUCCGAUUCCCUCGAAUCCUCACUCACAGUCCUCAAAUCUCGCCGAGCCGAACAACUGAAAUCCACCACACCUUUCGGUCGUGCCCUCCUAGCCUUCCAAUACACUUUCGCCCUCUACUGCAUCUACCGCAUCGCAACAACAAUCAUCAACAUCCUGCGCCGCACAUUCAGUACCGGCCCAAACACCGACACCGACCCAAUAACCUACGCUAUCGCCUUCUUCGCCAGACACAUCUACCCAAGCCUAGAUCAAGCUUCUUGGGCUCAGCAGAUCUCCUUCCUCCUCUCCGGCGCAAUGCUCCUCGCCUCCUUCAGCGCCGUCACUCAGACGUUCCACCUCUUCUCCCGCUUCAUGCCGAGUCUCCUUCACGCCACACGGACCAACUUUGCCUUACUCAUCUCACAGAUCUCAGGCAUGUACGUCAUCUCCUCAGCGCUAAUGCUACGAGGUAUGAUGCCAAAGGAAGUCGGCAGCGUGAUUAACAGUGCACUUGGGAGUGGUAUGUUGGAUCCACGAUGGGUGCAGAAGUGGUUCGAGGGAUUUUUUAUUGUCAGUGUAGUUGUUACGGCAGUGGGUGUGUUUAUCGGGAGGUCGGUGGGUACUCCUAGCCUUGUAGACGAUACGAGUUGGGAUGGGGACAUGGAGUUGGGGAAACGCUCGUGA